AUUGCACAAGAGAAAAGAAAUUACCAUCUAUUUUUUUGAAUCAUCUAAGUGAGAAUUUUUUUUUAUUAAUAUUUGUGCGAAGAUCUCUUGCUUAAAAAAAUAAAAAAUAAAAUUUUAAUUCGAAUAUCCCGAUUUUUCAACAAUGCUACGAUAACUGUAUUCGAGUUCUUAGAUACUGCCACUAGUUAAUAAAUAAAUAGUUGAUGUACAUAAUCCGAAUUCCAAAAUCCAAACCCGUUUUCUGAAAAACAAGUCUUCUCGUCCUGUCACUACCGACGGCCAAAAUUGUUUGCCGACAACGUUACCAAAGCGGAUAAUUUGACCGUCUCCUUCACAGAUUCUUCUUAUCUAUAAUUAAUCAUUCACUGCUCCCAUCGGUCAGCAGAUUUUUGAAUCCGUUUUCUCCGUGGUGUGAUCGUAUCGCUAGUUAUUACCACCGCCCCGCAAUAAGCCAGGAACCAUACGAGACUAGAGAAAGAUGACAACCAUUCGCCGAUUCUGCUGCAAAGAUCUUCUCCGGUUUUCCUCUGUAAAUCUCGACCAUCUCACUGAAACUUUCAACAUGUCAUUCUAUAUGACUUAUUUGGCAAGAUGGCCGGACUAUUUUCAUGUUGCUGAAGGCCCUAGUAGUAAAAUCAUGGGUUACAUUAUGGGUAAAGUAGAAGGACAAGGCGAGUCCUGGCAUGGACAUGUCACGGCAGUUACAGUGGCUACUGAAUACCGCAGGCAACAAUUAGCUAAAAAACUCAUGAACCUCCUCGAAGACAUUAGUGAUAAAAUUGAUAAGGCAUACUUCGUGGAUCUGUUUGUUAGAGCGUCAAAUACACCAGCCAUAAAGAUGUACGAGAAGCUCGGGUAUGUAAUCUAUAGACGAGUGCUCCGAUAUUACUCAGGGGAGGAAGAUGGCUUAGACAUGAGGAAAGCUUUAUCGCGGGAUGUUGAAAAGAAGUCUAUUAUUCCACUCAAACGGCCAGUUACUCCUGAUGAACUGGAAUAUGAUUAGAUCGGAAAGCUGAAUAAUUUUGUGAUUCUUGAAUGAAAGAGUAAGUACCUUGUAUCAGUUGCACAUUGUUGAGCAGGACGAUAUGUUGAGCGUGAGAAUAUCAAAGAGAAAGGUGCACAUUGUUAUUGGUUUUCCCAUCUUUUGAGUUUUGAAUGCUGUAUGGCCUCUGUACUGAGUAAGAAUUAAGUUAGAUUUUAUAUACUAUAAAUUAAGUAUAAAACUUUAAAUUGAAAAUCUCAUGUUCAAUUUAUUCUUUGUUA